AUGACCCGCGACGCCAUCCCAUGGACUCCAGAUCCUGCACAACUUCAGCAGCAGCAGCAGCAGCAGCAGCAGGCAUACCAGGGAUGGUACCAGCAGCCGUAUGCACCGCAUGUUCCCUACGGAGGGACUGGCCAUUUUGUCCCUGUUCCUCAGGGACAAGGUGCACCUAUGAGUUUCUCUCAGCAAGCGCAUCAGAUGCCUCAUUACGGUCAACAGGUCCCUGCACAAACCGCUGCUGCUUCAUCCGGGAAAGUCAGGCCGGAGUUCGCUGGCUCUGUGCUUGAGCGGCGAGCUGCAGAGAGGGCCCGAAAGGCUGCAUCUGCUGAGCAAGCUAAGAAAGAAGCUGAGGCUUCGGCAGCGGCGGCGGCGGCAGCAGCAGCUGUGAUACCAGCCGCAGCUGCGAUCACCACUCCAGCUGUUGUACCUGGCGAUGAUGGGGUUCAAGAUCCUGUCACUGGCGAAAUCAGUCCACGCAUCAAACAAGUUUGUAAUGACGCCUACAAUCUGAAUCCAGUGCUGAGAGAAAACAUCUUAGCGAGUGACUACUUCAAAGCUUUGGCCGAAUUCACAACAUUUGAAGAACUUGUUGAUGAAAUUUACAACAAAGUAACAUACGCGACUCCAUUCAUACCCAACACGCGUUCUCCAUCAUCCUGUUUCUGCUUGCUCUACAGAUUGUUUCAGAUGAGGUUGACGUACAAGCAAUUGGCUGAUCUUCUGGAGCAUCCUGAUUCUCCCAUGAUCCCAGUUGUUGGAAUUCUAUAUGUCAGGUACGUGGUUGAUCCAAAAGAGAUGUGGGGAUUUUUCAAGAACAAAAUCAAUGAUAGCACAGAAUUCGAUGCUAGCCCCGGUGGAAAAAAGAAGACUAUCGGGCAGUUCACGCGUGAAGUGAUCGAAGAUAUACAUUACUUUGAUACAAUCCUUCCACGAAUCCCAGUCGCGAUCCAAAGGGACAUGCAAGAAACCAUAAUGAAAUUAGAAUUCAGGGAAAAGGUUGGAAUGAAAGUAAAGGCUCUAUUUUAUGAAGACGAGGAGGAAUAUGAAGCUGAGAUCCUCUCGGAGACGAAAGACGGAGGUUUUCUCCUUGUUUUCACAGAGUAUGGGAACCAGCAAGUUACCAAUGUGGAGGAUAUUGAAAUUAUAGCUCGCAACACAGAAAGUCGAGAGAAAGGGGAAAAGAGCCGUGAUCGCAGCAAGGAUGGACGUCGUGGAAGGAGCAGAUCCCACUCUCGUGGUAGGGACAGGGACAGGGACAGGGACAGGGACAGAGACAGUCGCAAGCACCACAAACGGCAUCGAUCUCGAGACAGGUCAAGGGAUCGCGACAGGUCAAGGGAUCGCGACAGGUCGAAGGAAAGGGAUCGAUCGAAGGAGAGGGAUCGGAAGAAAAGCAGGUCGAGGUCCAAGAGCAAGGAUCGCGAAAAGAAAGAGAGGCAUGAUCGCGAUGUACCCAUCAACUUUCGAGAAGAAAUUUUGAAAAGGCAAGCGGAGGCUGCCGCAUCCAAGGGAGGAGACUAUGCACGUCGUCCCACGAGCUACAAGAGCUCGCUAUCCUCGAUAAACUCCAGAAGGUGCUGAAGCGAUCCUGUGGUGAUAUCGAUUUGUGCUGAGUCAGGAAAGUUGUGAGCAUGAGGAGCCUCAUUGCUUGCUGUCGAUCGCUGCACGCAAGGCUGAAAAUUACAAAUGCUGGCAAGGCAAACACAGACUGUUAGUGGUUUACUGGAAGAAUC